AUGGCACAGAGAAACCGGCAAUCUGCCCUAGCUGCUGAGCAGGCCCUCCUGUCAAAUCUUGACCAAAUCGGGUUUCCCGAAUGGCGCGAUCACCUCUACAUUCGCCGUCCGGGCGAGAAAGCCGUCUGGUCACGCCGGUUUUGCGUUCUUCGCCAGUCCGGUCUCUACAUUUCCAAGAAGAGUCACACAAGCCUGAGCCGUAGCGUAGCCGGUGGUACCAGUUACACCGGCCACGGGGCUAGUCAGACUGGGGAUUCGAGCAAAUCUGGCGGCGGAGGCGCUAUUCCUGCAGGAGGCGGAAAGAAACCGGUACCUGUGAGUUAUGUGUGA